UCCGCGGUGCGCGGCAAAGAAAAACGAAACAAGCGAAGCGGCCAAACCAGAAACAGGUGGCGCGGUGCCGUCGCGAUGUAAAAUGGCGCCGUCGUUUUAGAGGCGCGCCGCGUCGUUUACCGCCACUUUCGCCGAGUUUUGUGCGAUCGACUUGUCCGCAGCUAGCGUCGUUCUUUGCGUUGUGCUGUUGUUUCCUCAGUGCUGUGCGUGGCGCCUGUGUUCGGGGCGUGUGAAUGCGUGCUACGUUUGCAGUUGGUGUUGAAGUGCUCCGAAGCCGACGGGGUCUGUCCGUGUGAUACUAAAGAUCGGCAUUUGCACGACGAUCACUGCCGCCGGUGCCUUUCGGUAGACGCGCAAGCGGGCCCACGCACGUGGUGCAGGACACCUGGACGACCCGCGGCGGCUGGUGAAUUCGAUACAGCCAGCUAACGCCGCUGCGUCAUCGGACCGGUAUCCGCUGGUUGCCUUUGAAAGUCCGUUGCGUCGCCACCAUGGAGCUCUACGUGUUCUGUCUAGUGUGCCUUCUGGUGCUUGCGACGGUCGUGGUUCAGGGAAUCUACUGCGCCAUGUACUGCUCGUACCCUCUUCCGGGCGGAUACGACCCGUGCCCCAUGCUGUCUCGCUUCCGGAGGAAAAAGCGGUCCAGGCCUCCGCCAAAGUCCAACUCGGCCGAGGUCAUGAUAUCUAUGGAAGACAUGAAGGUGCAGGAGCCCGAGACGCCUUCACCAGUUCCGGAGUACAAGAUGCACCGAGGACAGACAGACGUCUGAACGGGAGCAUUCCGGAAGCGUCCACAGAUCUCUGUUUUCCGGUCUUCGCCUGACAAUCCUGUUAAAAAGUACGGAUGUUGUAUGCAAGGGGUGUGGAACACAGCGCCUUUCCCUUUUUCUUGGCAAGACGUCGAAAAGGGAGGGGGGGGGGCAUUUAAGCUUGUGACAGUGGUUGUGAAUCAAUCGUAAGAAAUGGAAGAGUUCUACAUAUUGCCUUAUAUACUAUAGUGACGUGGAACUGGGGGCAGGCUACGGUAAAUUGCUCACAGAUGUACAGUGCUUGAGUCAAUGCUGCACAGAACGCAUAAUGUGCUUCGACAUGGGCAGUUUGGACGCAAGCAUUCGAACCAUAGCGCUUGGAACUGAUUGACGGAAAUGUAGCAUUCUCUGUCGUGCUGUAGAGUGAACUGUCCACCAUCCUAGAUAUAAUAUAGCAAGCAGUCAUCCGCCAGCACAAAUCAAAUAAACUAAGCGUCGCAGUGGAGCACCGUGGGGGUGCCGGCGCUGCACCAUAUCGGUUACAGCGCCUGAGCACAGAUACACUAACGAGCAACUUCUUUUUCAAGCAUGUGUGGCCGAGGAAGAAUGAAUCUCAGAAAGAUAUAAACACAAGCAGCAUAAUGUCUGUCUGCACUUCGAAAGAAUUCUCGCGAUCAUGUAUGAAGAUGGGCAUUACGUCCGAAGUUUUGCUGUGAUUGUACUCAUUUGUGCUCAUCCUCGGCAUAAUUUACCGAUUGGCAGCGAUAGCGGAAGCACAGCCACUCGCAACGUAGUGACAGAAUACACAACCUUUUUCUGCUGUCUUUUCAAAAUGCCUCAUACAAAUAUGUAUGCUGCAUAAACAUCAAGUCCAUUGACGCUUCGACGUAGAAAUUCGCUGGGAGUAGCUAACGCAUCGCCGCGAUCAUUUACGUAUAGUGCAAGCGAGAAGAUACAUUGUGUAUGUAAUAUCUCCGCUUAAAAAAUGCCGAUGCCUUGAGCAUACUAAAAAAAUAUACCAGGAUUAAUGGCUCACUCAAGUUGGGACAACUAAGAUUAGGCCUAACUUCUUGAGAAGUGUUUCGCACUUCCUCUAAAAUGUGUAAAUGUCCGGGUAGCACUACCCUUCAUGCUACAUGAAGUACGGAGGCUUGUGCAAGAACACAGGACAUUGCAAGUUGCAAUGAUGUAUUCAAGUUGCAUCGCAGUUGUCACAGUGCUUUCCACGAACACUGCGUGCUUCUUGUCUACGCAAGGUACCAGCUAGUAGAUGGUCACAACGGUCUAUCGCAGCGAUUGGUUAGGGGGACCAAUGUACUUCUAAAGUGUGAAAACGUUUCAGAGCGCAGCUUCUGAUCUCCCAUCCGCGCCUUUCACGUCAUCGAUGUGAGACAGCGAGCGAUCUGUUGAUACAGGGGAAUAUGAAUGCGAGCGGAAGCGGAGAACAGCGGACCAUGAAUUAGAAUGAAAUUGAAGAGAGGGAGUGGACGAAGCAGAGAAAGCCAGCGCGGAAGCAUGAGGAGGAAAACGGAGGAGGAGAGUAGCGACUCAGGCAACAGCACUGCAUGGGCGGAGGUCUGCCCGUGGCGAACUCGGUGACGCCAGAGCAGUUGUUCGCCGGUGAGUUCAAUCGCAAGCAUGCAUCAAUGUGAUGUGCUUCACGACACAUUGUCCGCGCCACUCACGCUACUCGCAGCGUUCUUUUAAUGAAAUCACAAAAUUCUCUCUGACAGAUCUGAACAGCGACCGAUGGAACCGGUAGAAGUGCUGAGUGUGCGGCUGCUGCUUUGCGAGCUGCCCAGGCAGAGGCGUAUAACAGACGCCGACGCCAGAAUAACGAGGUUAGAGCCGUCGAAAACGAUGUCCAAGCAUCAGUUGUGAUAGGAGGCACUGGUGCCACUGAGUCAGACUGUCAUCACUGCCACAGAAACACGCAUCUCUCACAAGCUAUCUGUUUACUCUGUCAAACUGUCUGCCACACGUACCGCGAAAGGAAAACACCGCUUGCUAUGCUCUAAUUUCACAUUGCAGAAUAUCGUAAUUGCCUGCGAAUUUUUGUUUAUGCUUGUUUGCGGAGCCUAGCGUCUAGUGCUUUACUCCUGUUCAAUUUCUGCACCGGGAUCGAAGAGCGCAACGUUGGUUUUCCGAAGGUCAUGGCGAUAGUUCGCAUAGAACCUACGUUCUUACUGAUAAUACGAUUAUUAUAACAUGCUUUGCGUGUAAAUAUCGGCCAGUUGUCACCAUGUUCUUUAUCGUUAGAUUGCUGCAUUGAGUGGUAGUUUUUGCUCAUCUAACGCUAGGUGUGGUCAUGCUAUAAUUUGUGAGGUUGAACAACCAACGGCGUUCAUUCGGAAAUGAGCAUGUCCAUCACGUACACAACCAGUUCUUGUAGCAUUAGUGCCAGUUACUUCUCUUAGUAAGAGUGUACUGUACAUAACCGAUGGGGAGAUAUGAAGGACUGCGUUCGUUACCUCCGCUUGGGGUAAGCAAAUAAAUAUGCAGACAUUUUUUUUAUUGUUUUAUAACAUAUCAUACGUGCGCGCACUAGUGUGACUGGUGCGACCUCUCCAGCAAUGCAUAAUUGUGAUGAAUGUUGAUGUCGGCUUUAGCACCACAGAGAAACAAAAAGCACUGUAAGGGAUCAUUGGGUUCUCUCGCGAACAAUCAGAAGUCUUCUCCGCCCAUUACCCGGCGUUCGGCGUAAUCCGUCCUUUAUAUUUAGCUUUAAUCGGUUCGCGCUCGUGCGAGCGCUUUAGCAAGUUCGUCCACGUGUUCCUCCAAAACGGUUAUGUACAAUUGGUUGUGUCCUUAAGCAAAAAAAAAUCUUGUAGAUUUAUCUCCUUCCUCUCAGGCCUGCGUGAAUGGGAGUCGCUAUUCGCAGCCGGUCCUCGCUUUACUGAAAGGACGCGUGGUGGUCAUGGUGCCUGGAAGCACUGAAAUAUGCCACGAUAUAACCAUGGGCAUGGCCGAUUUUCCUUGGAAUUAAUUUAAUCGCACAGAGCCUUGUUUUUUUGCGCAUUAUUAGUAUGUGCUAUUCCAUUUUAUGUGAAGGGGAAUAAUCUCCGGUAGCCAUCGUUUUACUAGAGCUGUCCCCAUGCAUGUUAAUUUUGGUUUUGCCACUUGUGCCAUUGUGUUCUCUGUUUUGCACAGAACGUGGGGGUCCUUGCAGUCUGUAGCUUUACAAUAUAUUAGGAACAUUAGUCCUGUAAAGAAUAUGCAACGUGCCUUUGUGUGUGCCGUUUUCUACUUUUAUAGGCAAAUAAAGGACUCAAGCUCAUUGAA